AUGACAUUAGAAGAUAAAUUUGAUAAACUGAGUAUGCACGAUAACCGUGAGGAUCGUGAACAUGUAAAUACUCAAAUUCUAGAUAAGUUUAGCGAUAAGAUCAAGACAGAUGAAUUAUCAUUUAGUAGAGGGAAAACCAAUAAAGAUAAAGCCAAUAGGGCUACAGUGGAAAAUGUCUUGGAUCCUAGAACUAUGAGAUUUUUGCAAGCAUUAAUGAAUAGAGGUAUUAUAUCGGAUUUUAACGGUUGUAUAAGUACAGGGAAAGAAGCAAAUGUGUAUCACGCUUUCGCUGGUAGUAAACAACCAAAUAAUCAUAAUGAACUAAAGAAUGAUGAUAAUAGUGAUGUUGAGAAAAGUAAUAAUUCGGAAGAAUAUCCAGAGAAGAGAGAAGAAUAUGCGAUUAAAAUUUAUAAGACAUCUAUCUUGGUGUUUAAGGAUAGAGAACGUUAUGUCGACGGUGAAUUCCGUUUCAGAAAUUCAAGAUCACAACAUAACCCUAGAAAGAUGAUUAAGAUUUGGGCAGAAAAGGAAUUCCGUAAUUUAAAAAGAAUAUAUCAAGCAGGCGUGAUACCUGUUCCAAAACCAAUUGAAGUGAAAAACAAUGUCUUAGUGAUGCAAUUUUUAAAUAGAGGUGAUGGAUUUGCCUCUCCACGUCUAAGAGAUUAUCCAUACAAGGACCGUGAAGAAAUAUAUUACUAUUACUACAAUAUGAUCGCUGAUAUAAGGUUAUUGUACCAAGUAUGUCAAUUAGUUCACGCAGAUCUUUCAGAAUAUAACACAUUAGUUCAUAAAGAUCAACUUUAUGUCAUCGAUGUAUCCCAAAGUGUUCAACCAGAACAUCCAAUGAGUCUGGAUUUCUUAAGAAUGGACAUAAAGAAUGUCAAUUUUUAUUUCGAAAAAAUGGGUAUUGAUAUCUUCUCUGAACGUUUGCUUUUCCAAUUUGUUAUAUCUGAAACAUUACCAAAUUUUCAAGGUGAUAUGAGAAGUCUACCUGAUUUGAUGGACUAUAUUAAGAAAAAUUUAAUCGUAAAGAAGACUGUUGAGGAUGAAGCGGAAGAUGAAGUGUUCAGAUCUUUAUAUUUGGUUAGAAAUUUGAAUGGUUUGGAGGAAAGAGAUUUUGAUAGAUUUACGGAAGGUAAAUUUGAUUUAUUAAAGAGUUUGUUGGCUCAUGAUAAUGAAAAGAAUUUUUCUAAUUCUUACGAUAAGAAUAUCAAUGAAUUUGAUGAUGACGAUGGCGAUGACGACGGUAAUUCAGAUGAUGAUUUGGAGGAAGAUAGUGAUGAAGGAACUGAUGAAGAAGAAGAGAGUGGGGAAGAUGAGUAUUCAGAUGAGGAAGAAAAGAUUCUAAAAGGUAAGAAAUAUGAAGAUAAAGAUGAAAAGAAACAGAGAAAACAAGAAGCUAAAGAAGCUAAGCGUGAAAAACGUAAGACAAAGGUGAAAAAGCAUAUAAAAAAGAAGCUAGUUAAGAAAACUAAAUCAAAAAAAUAA